CCUUCCUCCUCCACAGCUGCCUUCUCCCCGGCUCCUGCACCCGCCCUUCGGAAGUCACUGGUCCGCUCUGACGUUAGAAGCCCUGCCUGGAGCUGGAUCCUUACAAACUCUCCAACAAAUUUUACAGGCUUAUCGGAAGAAGAGUGCCCAAGAGACUGGCGGUCAGCAUUCUCUAAGAUGGAGAAGACAGACGCCAAAGACCAGUCCUCUCAGGGGGAUGAAGAGAAAGACCCUCCAAAGAGCCACCCCUACUCCGUGGAGACCCCAUAUGGCUUCCAUUUAGACCUGGACUUCCUCAAGUACGUGGAUGACAUCGAGAAGGGAAACACCAUCAAAAGGAUUCCUAUCCACAGAAGGGCCAAGCAGGCCAAGUUUAGCACUUUGCCCCGAAACUUCAGCCUUCCCGACAGCGGGGCUCGCCCCCAUGCUGCUCUUUCCCACCCGAACUGGCCCCCAGUGGUGCCAAGUAAGGUGUCGCUCGGGACAGAGGCGCGAGCCCAGCCCCUGCCGCUCGGUGAUCCCCCGCAAGCCGCCGGCGGGAGCGAGGCGAGCUACCACCGGAAGGCCCUACUGACAGAGACCGCCAGACAGCUGGAGGCUGCUGGGCCCAGGGAGGCUGAGGUCGCCGCCGGGAGUGGACGGCCCCAGCUUUUGCGAGCAUCCAGCAUGCCAGCCACGCUGCUGCAAAACAGGGCCUCAGAGGACCCGAGCCUAAACUCAGGGCCCCCUACCCCGCCCGCCCUCCCGCCACUUCAGGGCGAAGGCGGUGUCUGUGAUGGCGCCUUUGGUCCUGCGGAAGGAUUUGCAGGUUUUUCCAACUCCACCCAGCGAGCAGCAGCCCAACCAGAAGCCAGAGAGUCUGGAGACCUGGUGCCAGGAAUAGCGGAGCUGAUCCGGAAGGGGCCUGAGCCUCCAGAGGGUGAAGGAGCAGCCCCAGAUCACCUCCCUUUCUCAAGUCCUCCUUUCUCAUCCCUUGUAGUUCUAGAGGAUGCAGAAGACCAACAGGAAAGCGGACAAGCCGAGGUGGCGGUCACGACCCCCGGCUCCCCAACACCAAGCCCCCCACCUCUGCCAUCACCCGUCCCUGGGAAUGAGCUCGCCCUAGAAGAAAUCGAGCUCAACAUCAGCGAGAUCCCACCGCCGCCACCUGUAGAAGUAGACGUGAGAAGCAUCGGCAUCCGGGUCACGGAGGAAAGCCUGGGCCUUACCUCCGUGGAUCCUGGCAGCAUCUCCAGCCUGAAGCAGCAGCUCUCGGGCCUUGAGGGCGAGUUGUCUGGAAGAACUGAGGAACUAGCCCAAGUCAGAGCUGCCCUCCAGCGGCAGGAGGAGGAAAUCAAGGCUAGGGGGCAGAGGAUUCGAGAGCUAGAGUGCACCGUAGCUCAACUGACAGAAAAGCUUAGCCACGAGAACACCAAAGAUGCUCAGGGCCAGACUGACGCCAUGGUCAACACUGACCCUCUGCACGGACUCUUGACCACGGAGUCGUGUGACAAGAGCAUUGGGGUCAACCUUAUGGGCAGCACAAGAUCUGAAAGCUGGGGGGCCUGGGGAAAGGGGAAUGGCGUCCUGUGGAGGCAGGAAAGUUACAAAUGGGGGGAUCAGAGCCCAGCAGAAUUUGUGUCACCAUCCCAGCUGUCACUGCCACAGGGAUCCAAGAUGGUCCUCACCCCCUCUUUACACAGCUGCCUCUCCACUGAGCUCAGGAUCGAAGAAGGACGCUCUGAGCAGGAGGGAGGGCAUCAGGUGGGAGCCGAGGGUCCAGUCAGGGGAGCAAGAGGCUCUCCAAGGAGCAGCGAGAGAACGGCUCCCCCAGCAGGGAGGAAGGAGGCCGGUUCAGAGCUCCCGGGGAAGGAGCGCCCAGGAAGGCCACCCAGCUCGCCCACCGCCGAUGCCACUAUUGGGCAGUACGUUAAGAAGAUCCAGGAGCUCCUGCAGGAGCAGUGGAGCUGCCUGGAGCAUGGGUACCCGGAGCUGGCCCGUGCCAUCAAGCAGCCCGCCUCCAAGCUCAGCAGCAUCCAGAGCCAGCUACAGAGCUCCCUCAACCUGCUGCUGUCCGCCUACUCGGCCCACGCUCCACCCCAGAAGGAGCCCCCGGGCCCCUCUUCCUCCCCGCCGACGGAGAUCUCCCCGUCGACCAGCCUUAAAUCCAUAAUGAAAAAGAAAGACUAUGGCUUCCGUGCAGGAGGUAAUGGGACCAAAAAGAACCUUCAGUUUGUUGGGGUUAACGGUGGCUAUGAGACCACCUCGAGUGAGGAGACCAGCAGUGAGGACACUUCCCCAGAAGACUUGUCUGACAGCGAGGCCGAGAAGAAAUGUGAUGGCCCAGAACAUAGGCGGGGCAAGGAUGCCCACCUCAGCUACAAGGCGGGGCAGGGCAUUCCCGAGGGCACCCGUGACACAGACCAGGAACGCGGGCCUGGGGAAGAGCUUCCCCAUCCCAAGGCUGAGAGAUGUAAACCCUCAGAAGAAUUCCUUAAUGCAUGCCGGGCAUUGAGCCAACAUCUGCCAGAAACUGGGACGACCACUGACCAGCUCUUGAAGCAGAGCUUAAAUACCAUCAGUCAAGAGUGGUUCCGGGUCUCCAGCCGGAAGUCAUCCAGCCCUGCUGUGGUGGCCACCUACCUCCGCGGGGUCCAGCCUCACUCCCCACACUUGCUAAAGCUGCUUGUCAACCUGGCUGAUGGCAAUGGCAACACAGCUCUUCACUACAGCGUAUCCCACUCCAGCUUCUCCAUCGUGAGGCUGCUGCUGGAAACAGGCGUCUGCAACGUGGACCAUCAGAACAAAGCUGGCUACACCGCCGUGAUGAUCACUCCCCUGGCUUCUGCAGAGACCGAUGAAGACAUGGCUGUGGUCUGGAAGCUCUUACGAGAAGGAAAUGUGAACAUCCAAGCUGCUCAGGGAGGCCAGACUGCGCUGAUGCUGGGAGUCAGCCACGACAGGGAGGACAUGGUCCAAGCGCUACUGAGCUGCCAGGCAGAUGUCAACCUGCAGGACCAUGAUGGAUCGUCAGCCCUCAUGCUGGCCUGUCGCCAUGGCAACGUCGGCAUGGUCCGGCUGCUCCUGGCACACCCGGCCUGUGACAGCAGCCUGACUGACAAGGCUGGCCGAACAGCUUUGUCCAUCGUUCUGAAAUCGCCCGCCCAUGUGGAAAUUGCAGGGCUGCUACGGGCCCACGCAAAGCAGGGCAGGUCCCUGGGGCCGUAGGGGCUGCGGAAGAGCUGGCAGCAGG